AUGGAUACUAAUAAUCUUUAUAAAACAGAAAUCUCUGAUACUUCCUCUUCUACAAAUCAAGAUAUUUCUGAUAAUAAUGCAGUUGCAAGUACUGCUACCACAAGCAGUAAUACAAAUACUUCUAUUAUAUUAAAUAAAAAAAAAACCAGACCUAAAAUUUCUGAUGUUAGAUCCUAUUUUAAACAAAAAACUAUUAAUGAUAAGGAAGUAGUUUGCAAUUUUUGCAAAACUCCAUUUAGUAAAACUACUGCUACUGGUACUUUGCACAAGCAUCUCAAUUCUCAACAUCUAGGUUGGAAUAUGAACAAACUAGAAUCAAAGCAACAACUUUUUAUAUUUAUACCUGAAACUACAAUUUUGAGACAAACCCUAACAUUAGCUCAAAAAACUCAUUUCAAUAUGUUAAUUACUGAAUGGAUUAUAUUAAAUACCUUGCCUUUUUCUAUUGUUUCAAGCAAAUCAUUUGCUAAAAUGCUUCAAUACCUUAAUAUUAAUAUUGACUUACCGUUACGUGAAACUAUAAAAUCUACUAUCCAAAAGACCUUUAUUAUAGAUAAUAAGUGGAAGCUUAAAAAAAUCUUACUUGAUAUUUGUAUGCUUCCUCAUCCGCAUACUGGCUCUAAUGUAAUUUUAGCGAUGCAGUUAUUAAAAGGGAAUUUAGCUUUAAAAAAUAAUUUUCAUUUUUAUUCUCGUCAUUGCCUGGCUUAUAUAUUAAACCUUAUUGUUACGGCUAGUUUAUUACCUAUUAAAUCAUUAAUUAAAAAAGUAUAUAACUUUGUUAAUAUUAUCUUAUCAUCAUCAUCUAUAACCCAGGAUUUUAAAGAACUUGAACAAUCAAUUGGUAAAGGUAAAGCAAUUCGUAAAAUUCUACAGGAUGUCUCAACUCAGUGGAAUAGUACAUACAUGAUGCUUUCAGCCUAUGUAACUAUACCGACAACAAUUGCUGCUAUUAUUAGACGUAAUAAAAAACUUAACAAAUUUAAACUUACAUUACAAGAAGAAGCUAAUCUUCAAGCCACAACAAAAUUUCUUGAACCAUUUUAUGAAACAACUAACGUUCUUUCUAGUAGUACUUAUAUAACUUUAGGUAUUUCUAUUUUACUAAUUGAUGAUAUUAUUGAUAAUAUCUCGUCAUGUAUUCACGAUUCAACAAGUCCAGAAUUUCUCAAAGAAGCCGCAACACAAAUGUUUGGAAAAAUUCAAAAAUAUACUAAUGAAAUUUAUGAUAAAACAGCAUUUAUAGCUGCUAUCCUUGAUCCUCGAAUUAAAUUAGAAUUAAUAUCUGAUGAUAUGAAUACUGAAGCAAACUGUUCUAUUUUUAAUAAUAUUUUUAGAACAGAAUACUCUAACCUUAUUCUAAAUAGUUUAUCUACAAAUUUAGAAGUGCCAUUAAAUUUAAUAUAUACAGAACAGGUGGCUCAAAAAAAGCGUAAAACAAAUACUCCUGCUAAUAAACCUGAUGAAUUUACUUAG